AUGACACGUGUAUUUUUUAUCCUUCUCAUAGGAUUUGUAUUCGCAGUCGAUUAUUAUGAAGUUCUCGAAGUUUCUCCAGACGCAGAUGAAGCUGAAAUUAAAAAAGCCUUCAGAAAUCUAACUCCCCUCCCUCUGUCAGCGAACAAAACCAUUAGAAAAAUCCCUAAUUUUUGCCCAAAAAACCCGCCCUUCGUGAGCGAACAAAAAUGUUUUUGAUAGGAAAAUUUUUAUGGGGAAAAAUUUUGAUAUAUUGUGAUAACUAGUAAUGAAAUCUUGAGCUAAUUCUGUUUAAUUUUCAACAAAUUGCGUUUAAAAUAUAAAUUUUAAAAUUAAAUAAAUAUUUGCUUUCUAAUUUUUGCGAAUUAGGAUUUUUUUAAAUUUCGAAAAUAAAAAUUUCUUUAAAAUUACUCUAUAAUGGUUUUUAAAAAAAAAAUUAACCCGCUCCGUGAGCGAGCAAGGGGAGUAAGCAGAAAAUACCACCCAGAUAAAAAUCCAGGAAAUGAGGAAGCUCAUAAAAAAUAUUUAGAUGUCACAAAAGCUAACGAGGUUUUAUCAGAUUCCUCAAAAAGACAAAUUUAUGAUAUUUAUGGCGAAGAAGGUCUAAAUGAUCCACAGCUCUUCAAUAGAAGAAGAGGACCGAAUUUUAGAUUCGAAUUAGAAGUAGACUUAGAAGACGUGUAUAAUGGCCUUGCUAACUUUUUCCAUGCGAAAAAGCAAAGAAAUUGUUUGCUAGAAGGGCUAAUUUAUAAAAAAAUUUAAAAAUAGAAAUAAUUAUCAAUUUUUUCAAAAACUCCUAAAUAAAGAAAAAACCUCUUAGAGGGUGUAAGGAAACCACAAUUAGAAGAAAUGAGCUUUGCAAAAAAUGUAAAGGAACAGGUGCAAAGGAUAGAAAAACUGUUCCUUGCAAACAUUGCGGCGGAAAAGGUGUGAGGCUGCAAAACGUUGGAGGAUUUGGGUUUAAUAUGCAGAUGCAAGUUCAGUGCGAAAGAUGUGGAGGGAGAGGAUUUGUAAGAUUUAUUUAGCUUGCUGCAGAGAGAUGUCCAGGAUGUGGAGGACAGAAAGUGGUGAAUGCUUUGAAGACUUAACUGAACUUAAUUAGUUAUAAACAUACCACAUCAUCUACAUGGGCUUCAACUUUUGUUUGGAUGACUCCAGCCUUACAUUGUGCACCUUCUGGUCUUAAUCUGAAUUGUUCCUCGGCUUCGAGUGCUCGUAUCCCGACUGCUGUUCAACUCUAGUGCAAAACCAAGCGUUCAUCGGACACGCUAAAGGCUCCAGUCUUUGCAGCCUAGGUCUGGCGGCACGCUUCCAGAGAAUUUGAAUUCCUCUAGGGAUGGGUGUCCUAAGUUGUUCAUCCUUGGACGUAAUACAUUUCAUUAUCAGGAUAAACUCGCUGGGUGAAGCCAAACCUCAUAAUCAAAAUUGUCUAAAGGAGGAAUUUCUGCCCAGGAUAACAGAAAACUCAAACAACGACAUAUUUUGAUUAUAAAUGCUUUAAAGACACUUAAUGUGCAAAUAGAGCCAGGGAUGGAUAAUGGGUCUGAAAUUGUGUUUCCAGGACAAAGUGAGCAAAGUCCUGAUUGGUUUCCAGGCGAUAUUAUUUUUGUCCUUAAACUAAAAAACCAUGCACGCUUUGAGCGAAGAGGAAACGAUUUAGUUACUUCUAUUAGACUGACUUUAAAAGAAGCUUUAUUAGGAUACUCAAAACAAAUAAGCCAUCUUGACGGCCAUGUUGUGCAAAUUGAUUUUACUGGAGUCACACAGCCAGAAUCUGUUAGGAUUAUAAAAGGGGAAGGAAUGCCACAUCAAGAUGUCCCAUCCAAUAAAGGCAACUUGCACGUCAGAUUUAUUGUUGAUUUGCCUGGAAAAUUGACUCUUGACCAAGAAAACACAGUUCGACAGCUAUUUCCUCGUUAG